CGUCUGCCCUCCUGACCACCAUGGCUCCAUGCUGGUCGUCUGCUACCCAUCCAAGGAAUCAAUCCUGAGCGUGACCCCGCGCGGAAGCAGCGCUGUGAUGCGCCUCACCACCGUCUUUGCGCUUUUCACCGUGGUCCUGGUUUACCUCGUCACCGGGGCCUUCAUCUUCCGCCAGCUGGAGCAGCCCUAUGAAGUCCACCAGAAGGGGAAGCUCAGUGCUUACCGGGAACAGUUUCUCAAGGGGCACCGGGAACAAUUCUUGAAACAGCACCAGUGUGUGGGGCCCGACGAACUGGAUGUCCUCAUUCAGCAAGUAAGCGAGGCCAUAUUAGCCGGAGUGGACCUUUUCAACAACACCACCAACACGACCCGCUCGAACUGGGACAUGGGCAGCGCUUUCUUCUUCGCAGGCACCGUCAUCACCACCAUCGGGUUUGGGAACAACUCCCCCCAAACUGAUGCUGGCCGGCUCUUCUGCAUUUUCUACGCAUUGGUGGGAAUUCCUCUUUUUGGGAUGCUGUUGGCUGGAGUCGGGGACCAUCUGGGAUCAUCUCUACGGAAGGGGAUUGGCAAGGUGGAGGAUAUUUUCUUGAAAUGGCAAGUCAGUCCAACGAUCGUGAGGAUCCUCUCGGCCCUGCUCUUCAUUCUCAUCGGGUGCCUCCUCUUCGUGUCUCUGCCCACUGUUAUCUUCCAGCAUUUGGAGCACUGGAGCCUCCUCGAGAGCGUUUACUUUGUGGUCAUCACGCUGACCACCAUUGGAUUUGGCGAUUACGUGGCAGGUGAUACGUCAAGUGAGGAGUAUCCGUGGUACAAACCAUUGGUAUGGUUCUGGAUCCUGCUUGGUUUGGCCUACUUUGCCUCCAUCUUGACCAUGAUUGGCAACUGGUUGAGAGUGCUAUCCCGACGCACAAGAGCUGAGAUGGGGGAUUUGACCGCCCACGCAGCCUCCUGGACAGGCAACGUGGCAUCCCAGCUGCGUGUCCCAAACAUGGCGUUGCCGGACAAGCUGCACAGAGCGGGGGCCUUGAAAGGGAAGCCUCCGUCUCCUUCCGGCAUCUCGCCACAAAAAGAAGGUGAGGAGCUGCUACAGCAGUCGCCGACGCAGCCCCUUCCACCCUUGCUGCCGUCGCAGCCCCCGGCCUUGGUGCCGCCACUGCCGCCAUCGUGCCUGCCAUGCCCAGGCCUUUCUCCGGCUACCAACCGGCGCGUGGCCCAGCUGAACGCCCGCAACGCCACCCCAUCGCGGCCUAUAGACUACACGGGCGAAAACCUGGCUUUUAUCGACGAGAGUUCAGAUGCGUUGAGCGAUGGAGGGCCGCCUUCGGCCAGGCCGCCCCGCCGCUUGCGCCCCCGGGCCCGCCACCGCACCAAUGCCGGUCAGCCCCCUGGACUGCCCAUGGAUGUGCUGAGCCGGACCCGAGACAAAGGGGAAGCUGUUUAG